GCUGCAAAGGCAUUGUCGCAAAGUCAUGAAGAAUUUGAUGUGGCAAUUAAUGCCUAUCCGGAGAAAGAGUUGAAGCGACUGGUUUUCCAGGAUUUGUUGCAUUUAUUCGCUCAUAAGAAACGGCAAGAGAGAGAGAGAGAGAUAGAGAGAGGGGAAGCAAGAAGAGGCUUUGAAAGAUUUUUGAGUUUGAAUUUCUUGUUCUUGUGGGCGUGUGCGUGUGGAGCGGUGGAGGCAUGAAAGGCGGCAGCUCCGCCACCGCGGCGAGCGGCGGCGGCGGCAACAGCCUGGCGAUCGUCGAGCGGCAGAAGCCGGCGACGUCGUGCGUGGCGUCGCUGUUCCAGAUGCUCGCCAAGAAGAAGCUCUUCUCCUCGUCCUCCAAGAAGACCAAGCUGCUUCCCCCAGUGCGCACACAGAAGUUCUCGCCUGGGAGACCACCUGCCGGCGGCGAGAAGACGCCGGCGGCCAAGAUGAGGACUCUGCUGCUUGAUGCUCCAUACUAUCCAAAUGAAGUUACCACUCGCUUGCCACCUCCUGGCCAAGACAACAAAAGCAGUGAAAUGUGCACACCGGGUGUGGUAGCCAGGCUAAUGGGGCUCAGCGCAAUGCCAGCCACCAGCCAUCAAAAGGCAGUAAAAACCAUGGAUGCCUCCGAGCUUGGUGGUCACCGGAGUGAAUGCUCCUAUGGAAGCAUAUACAACUCGCAUCAGAAGCAACAAAAGCCAGGGCAUAUCAGAGAUGGCCGGCAUGACAAUGGCAAUCAGCUCGAUGCAGAUGCGCAGCCGGUGUGGUCACGGAAGCAUGCAGCACACAAGUUAGCCUCACCUAUUAAGAGUCCAAGAUCAGUUUCAAGCAGGAACAAGGUUAGGCUGAUUGAAGCAGCAGUCAAGGUCCUGGAACCCGGUUUACAAUCCAGGCACCACCAUCAGGCUCGGAGGCAAGCGCGCCUCGAGUAUAGAUGCAACAGCAGUGAUGUGCAGAGUGCUGCUGAAGCCAUGCACGAUUUCUCCGAUCAAUUCGCAAGAGAAAUGUGUGAUGUUGAUGCAUCAAGGUCAGGUGCUCAAAAUGUAGGAGCCACCUCUCUGCACAAUUCUACUUCCAAUCAGUGGUCCGAAGAGGAUACUAUGAGGAAUGUUUCUGUUAGGAGGCCAAACCAGAACAUAUCAUGUCAAGCACAAUCUGAAGGAAACCAUAAGGGUCAGAGGAACGGAUUUAAGGACAGUGGUCAGAGAACAUCAGAUGAUGUCCUUGUUUCAAGUCAAGGUGUCCAAAAAAUACAGCCGAAAAACAUAUCCCGAGAGAAUGUUGAUUGUAGACCUCUUAAACAGAACAAUCUGAAGCAGAAUGCAUUGCCUGAAACUUAUAGAGCAGCAGAUACAGGGCAUAUGGUCCAAAGGCAGAAACAUAGAGCUAAGGAGCAAAAUGUGGCAAACACAGCCAAUGACUUUGUCUGUUCAAACAGAGGUAUGAACAACAGUGCAUCUUUGAGGUCCAAAGGAAAAGUAAAGGAUAAAAUCGGCAUGCCACAUGGUAGUGCGGAGAACAGGAACUUGAGCACAAAAUGUCACCGAACCAGUGGCCUGCAUGGUGAUUGUUCUAAUAAACAGAUAUCAAAGACUGCAACACUGAAAGCUACAGAGAAAGACAUGAUAAUUGCAAAAGGUGCAGGGUUAGUUAGUGAGAAGCCAAAGUCUACCAGUCCAAACUCUGUAAGGAAUGACUCGCGGAGAAAGGUAGAGUCACGCAUUGCUUCUAGGGGUAACAACUCAGGCAUCAUUUCCAUCUCUUCUAAUUCACCGAGAAAGGCUGUCCUCGCUUUGCUGAAUGGUCAUACUAAAGGAUCAGAUAGUGUUGUUCUGGGAUCUCCAACUGGUUCUUGUCCUAAGAGAGACUAUCGUAGGGACUGCCAAAAUAUUUCUUCAGAAAGGGAAUUGGUCUUGAGUGAAGCUUUACAAGGCAUAUCAAGUCUGGAAAGUGCAGAAUCAGUGUGCUUUAAUCGAAAUGAGUUGAGAAACAGAGAAAUUCUGGACGACAGAGUAAUGUCUUCAUUGUUUCGAAAGACGAGUGCUAUCAAUGUAAUGGAAGAAUCUCCAAGUGAUGAAUUUCUAUGGCAGUGUAACUUUCUGGACAGUCUGACUUUUGGCUUCAGAGAGGUUCCUAGAAGUGGUAAAUUGCGUGAAACUCAUAAAAAGCAUGAGGUUACUACAAAUGCUAGCGAUCCAUCUUAUUAUGCAGAUGAUGAGUGCUUUUCUGGGAGCCUGCUCAAAACUGCAGCAUCAGAAGCUGGAUUCAGAGACCGACGCCGCUCGGAGAAUUGCACAAUGCAACAAGAUGGAACUAACAAAAGAAACUCCAGGUGCUCUGAAACUAAUUUUGGCCAAGACAGCAGCAACCUGAUACACCCUGGAGAGGUUGCAGCAACUGUUGAGCUGCUACUAACAAACGUUCGCCGGUCUACUUCUACUACUCCUCCACGGACAUCAAAGGCACCAUUCAAGGCGUUCCUUGUCAAGACAUUCGAGUCUGCUCUGACCACCGUGACCACCACAAGCUCCACGAAGAAGAAGAAGAAGAAGAAGAACGGGUUCAGCUUCAACGCCGGCGUCGUCAAGGCCACAGAAGGGGAGAAGAGCAGGAGCCCGCUGGGAAGCCUCGCGUUCGAUUCCGUCAUGGAGUGCUUGGACUCGCUGUUCACCCAGUUCUGCGACUCAGGAUACAGGUCGUUCUCGAGGGUUCCCCUGAUCUGCCCCGAGGAGAGGCUGGCUGCUCAGGUGGACAGGGAGAUCGCGAGGUGCAGCGGCAUGGCCGGGAAGGAGGUGGAUGAGCUGAUCGCGAGCGACGUCCAGCACUCGGGGGUGGAGAUCGGCGUGGAUGUCCUGCACGAGGCGUUUGAGAUUGGUGCCCAGAUCGAACGGGAUCUGCUCCAAGAGCUGGUGGCCGAGAUCGGGAUGGAUAUGUUGAGGCGUUUGUGACGUGAUGAUGAUGAUUUCGUAGCAAUAUGGUGAAAUUAUAUGUUACAAGUUUGGUCA